GGUACUUCUUGAAAUAUUUUUUCUAAAACGUCUUUGGCUUCCCUAUUACAAUUGACAAAGAUAUAAAUAGUUAAUUUGAGAGUCAGGAUUCAUAUCUAUGGCGUUCUCGAAAUAAGUUUGAUAGCAAUCUCAAGUUUCACAACACAAAAAUCAGUCGUUGUAAGUCAAUAAUUGUCUGGCCCAUAUAUCGUUAUGGGUUGGGAAUGUUUACCUUAUACAGUGUGUUACGAAAUUUUUCGAUAUUUCAACCACCAAGAAGUUGUUAAGCUUGGUAGUGUUUGCUGUCACUGGUUUGAGGUUAGCAGAGAUGAACGAUUAUGGAAGAGACUAUUUUUUAAAAAGUUUCCGAUCGACAAUAAAAUAAAUAACAGAGGUUUAUCGUGGUAUCAGGAAUUCAAGAGAUUACAUUAUAAUAUUCCAGUUAUUCAAACUGAAGUUAUUCGUGAGCAUUUUGAUCAAGUACUCCAUAUUACAUUUUCCCAUAAUGGGCAAUAUUUUGUCACAUGUUCUAGGGAUUGUAUAGUAAUGAUCUGGAGUUCCUCAUAUCCAGCUGAAUUGAAAGAUUCCCUUGACAUGACAAGUUUCAACUGGAGAUGUGCUCAUUACAGCGAAUUCAAUGAAUCCGAUUCCCUGUUGUUAGUAUCUGGAAUUGUGAUGGGUCCAGAAACAAGUACAGCAGGAGAAAUAAUCGUUUUUUAUGUUGAAGAUUUUCUAGCUGCCGACUCUGGCAUAUUGAAAAUGAAAUGCAGAGUGGAUAAUACUCCGUACUCACUUUUUGGAACCUGGUACAACGAUUCGUUCCUACUGUCUGGAAACAGAUUUUGGCUAGGAGGCUUCGUCACAUCUUCCCUCAUUUACAUGAAUAGAGCCUCUCAAGAAACAUCAUCAGAACACAUUCCAAUCACACAUGGACUCUUCAAGUUUUAUAAUACGAAUAGAAGUUGUGUAACAUCACUUUUGAUAGCAAAAUGUCUUCGAGAUGUAGUAUUGGACGACCCUUUAGAUUCGGAAGAAGUCAAGAGUUAUUUUGAUAAAUCUAGUUUCAAAAUGGACCAAUUGGGAGGAUCAGUCGAUGAUCAUACCCUCUAUUAUAAUAAACGUUACCGAGAAUAUGAAAAUAAUACACUCUUUCGAAUAGAUGAAUAUUUUGAAGAAGAAGACGAUGAGAAUAUCUCUGAAACCUCUUCUAUGUCGGAACAAGUAGCAGAUACUGGAGAUAAAUACCUGAUUUUUGUUACUGGAAGUAAUACCUUUAUACCUCAUGAAAUAGGAUUCAAAAGAAUACGGUCCUUCAAAUUUCCUGAUCGUAUUGAUCCAGGGCCGUCUUUGAAAGAACGUCAAAUGCUAUAUGAUGAGAGGAAGAGACUGUUGGAUAGCGGUGUAGAAAAUAUCUUUUGGAACGACGUAGAUUCUAUCGCAGAAAAAUUUGAUACUCCUGAUCAUUUGAUCGAUUUACACGGUCAUAUUCUGGGAAUGCGCCUUAGUCCUGAUCAUAGAUUUCUCUUUGUCACCAUUAGACGAUGGCCAGAAUGGGAAACCUAUAACUUCGAAGAUGUUGUGGAUCCAUCGCCAAAAGUCCAGAGUGACAUAGCUCUCAAUGUUAUAGACAUGGUAACCUUGGAAGUUGUUGGUGUAAGCGCUGAAAGUAAUGCAGCAUAUAGUAUGGAAGCAGACUAUUAUUUCGUAUACAUGGAUGUAACAAACGAAUUAAUAGUGAGCACCGGGGAUGGACCUAACCUCUACGUUUGGGAUAGGCAUUACGGUAUCUGCCUGGCGAAACUUAACCACAAGGAUAUAACAAAUGGAGCUGCCUUCAAUCCUAAAGACCCAGAGAUGAUGGUCAGUAUUUCUGAUGAUGGUGUAAUAAAAGUCUGGCGAUCUUUGUCGAAGAUGAAUGAGUUAAAAAUACGCCAUAUGUCAUCGGAUGAUGAAGAUUCUGAUGAUUCUUGGAUAGAGAGUGAAGAAAGUGAAUUGUCUUCGUAAUGAGAGAAAUUGUGGAUGAAAAUAAUGAGUACUUGUAAGGGUUGAUUCUGAGAUGAACCUACUUACGAAAAGAACCGGUUAUCUUGAAACGAAAAGCUUCUGGGAGGUCUCAUAGAGGUCUUCUAAUUGAAAUUUUGGGGACGCCUUAAUUUAAGUAAUAUAAAGGAAUUUUUUUUAACUAGUUCAUAGACUUUGAAAUUUUGUUGUGUAUAUAAAAUCUAAUAUACCUACCUUGUUAAAUACCUAUACCUUGUAAAUUAAAAUGUUAUCGUUGA